AUGCCUCAGAACCCAAGAAAACCUUUUGAAGUUGCCAUUAUCGGCGGUGGCAUAGCGGGAAUAACUCUGGCAAUCUCCCUUCUCGAACGGAAUGUGCCCUGCGUCAUCUACGAGCAAGCCCACACGUUUGGCGAGGUUGGUGCUGGUCUUGGGGCUUUUGAUAAGGUGGUCAGUGGCAACAUGUGGGAGUCCAAGAAGGGUAUCCUGUUCGAAUUCCUCGACGGUAUGGAUGACACGACCGACAUCACACCUCGAUUCACCAUCAGAAACUCCGUGGGGUUGCGGGGCUGUCACCGUGGUCAUUUAGUGAAUGAAUUAUUGAAGCUUUUGCCGAACGAUGUGACUCGCUUCAACAAGCAGUUGGAGCGCAUCGAGGAACCACAAAGCCACAGCUCGGGCAAAUUGCGAAUGGUCUUUCGUGACGGCACCGUGGCCGAAGCUGACGCUAUCAUUGGGUGUGAUGGAAUCAAAUCUCAGAUGCGCGAGAUUGUUGUUGGCCAAACUGAUCCAUCCGCCAAAUGUUCCUAUACGUACAAGUACGCAUACAGAGGAAUGGUUCCGAUGAAUCAGGCGGUGGAGGUACUGGGAGAGGAAAGAGCUGUCAACGCCACUAUUUGGACGGGUAAAGAUAUGCAUAUGGUGACCUAUCCGGUUGCCCACGGAACUGUCUGCAACGUCGUUGCCUACCGCUCGAGCACCAGUGACUGGCCGAGCGACAAUCAGUUGACUUUUCCUGCUCAGAAAGGGGAUUUGCUGGAGGAUUUCAAGGGCUUCCGACCGAUGCUGCUCAGAUUCAUGGAAAUGCUUGUGUCAUCAGAAUUUAACGGGGAGCAGUGGGCCAUGUUCGACCUGGGAGACUACCCUGUCCCGACUUUUGCCAAGGGUCGAAUGUGCAUCAUUGGGGAUGCAGCCCAUGCGACCACACCGCACCAUGGCGCAGGCGCAGGAUUGUGUUUCGAGGAUGCCGCUGUGCUUGCAUCGCUUCUAGCUGACGACAAGGUGCAAACAAGCACUGAUAUUGAAGCCGUAUUUGCUGCAUUCGACACGAGUAGACGAAAGAGGUCGCAGUGGGUCGUCCAGAAGUCCAGACGGGGAGGCGACUUGUACGAGCUCCGAACGGAGGUUGGAAACGACGUUCAGAAGAUGGCUCAAGAGCUGAGGGAAAUUUUGGCUGUCAUUUGGGACUUUAGUAUUGAAGAUGCUAUCGGGGAAGCCCUAGAUGAUCUGAGAAACUGUCUGGUUGUCAAGGCUGAACGAGCAAACAUCUAG